AGGUGAGUGAAGAUCUUGCAGAAUAACCUGCAACCUCCAGCAGCAAACGUCCAGCAGAGUCCAGAGAACGUCCAGCAGAGCCCAGGAGACCAUCCAGACCAGACUGAUGCUCGUCUCCAUGGGCGCCUGGCUGUUACGGAGCAGAGAGGUGCGUGAGUGUGCGUGGGGCUCGAGCACGUCCUCUCCAGCCGCUCAAUAAUUCAACACCUCUGGCAGCCUGCAGCACACCAACUUUUCCUUUUCAGAAGAACUUUCCGACAGCAGGCGUUCCCCCACGCUCCCUCUUCCGUCUGGAGAGAGACGAGGCUUCAGGGCAGCAGACUUAGCGUGUGAGGUGUGUGUGACUGACGGCGGGCGUGUGUGUGCUUUGAGUGGGUGUGUUUGCUCAUGACGGAUCAUCAAACAAGCCAGAAAAGCAGUGGACAUUAUCAUCUGGACUUUAAGAGUGCGCCGUCUGACCAAGCAUCACCAGAACUGAGCUGAACUCCUGAAGAAGCCUCCCUUUUCCUAAUGAAAGCCGUGUGAAAUAAAAAGCUCUGUGGACUUUUAGGGGGGAAACCGCAGCCCGUUCCAUAUGGGACUGCCCUCAGACUCGAACCCAGCUAAGGGUCUCCAGCAGAAGGAGAUUUCUGCAGUGUGUAGGAUCUGUUAGAAGGGGGAGAGGGGGGCAGCUCGACCCCCUUCACACUCACCAUGGCUGGCUGCACUAGCCGCUGCAGACAGGGGGUGCUCAAGCUCAUCCAGUCUUUUCAAAGACUCGUCUCAGGAACACUAACGAAAGAUAAGGUGGACGAUGAGUUGGAGAUGACCAUGGUGUGUCAUCGUCCUGAGGGCCUGGAGCAGCUCGAGGCUCAGACCAAUUUCAGCAAACAAGAACUACAAGUCCUCUACCGCGGCUUCAAAAAUGAGUGUCCCAGCGGAGUGGUGAACGAGGAGACGUUUAAACACAUCUACGCCCAGUUUUUCCCUCAUGGCGAUGCCAGCACGUACGCACACUAUCUGUUUAAAGCUUUCGACACCACAAAUAACGGCUCCAUAAAGUUUGAGGAGUUUGUAAUGGGGCUGUCCACUCUUCUGCGAGGGUCGGUCAGAGAGAAGCUGGAAUGGACUUUUCAUCUGUACGACAUCAACAGAGACGGGUUCAUCAGCAAAGAGGAAAUGACAGAGAUUGUUCGGGCCAUCUAUGAUAUGAUGGGGAAGUACACUUACCCUGCUCUGAAAGGAGACGUGCCUAAACAGCAUGUUGAUGCUUUCUUCCAGAAAAUGGACAAGAACAAAGACGGAGUCGUGACACUGGAGGAGUUUAUCCUAGCAUGCCAGGAAGAUGAAAUGAUGAUGAGGUCCAUGCAGCUCUUUGAAAAUGUAAUGUAAAGAAGGCAAGCAGAGAGAGAGAGAAGGAGAAUGCAUGACAAGAAGAGAGAGAGAGAAAGAGAGAG